AUGGCCGACACGCAGGAUAUAUCACGUUCCCAGGAAGUUACAUCACUUGAUAUCAUACAGCAAAAAGAUGAUGUGACCACCUGUACUCGAGAGAUUGCUCUGUCAACGGAAACCACUGGCCAAGGAGAUCACAUAAAUUCUAUUCCGACUACGGAGGCAAAGGACCUUCCGGUAACUGACUCCCAACUUACACAAAUUCGUGAAAAGCUAGCGGAGCUUGAGGCUGUUAUCACUACACUCAAGGCAGCAAGCGUUAGCACCGUUAAGAGUCCGGAACAUGAUCCGGAGGCGGAAGAAGCUGCCGAGCUUGCCAAACGAUGGGAGAAAGAAGCAGAAGAAGUGAGAAGAUUGGAAGAGGAAAACAUCGCAUCAGCGAUAAGGAUCAAAGAUUUCGAUACCCCCAAAGGCGUCAGCCAUGUUGCGUCCGAGCAAUGGCUACUGAAGGACUUCAGGACGACAUGGACGUCAUCAGAUACCAAGUCAGUUCUCAUCAUCUCAAUGAAAAAGUUUCGUGGAGCAACCACCCACGUUGAAUCUACUACCUUACAUGACCAACGACCACACGAUGAUAUCACUGGGGUCAUUGUCCAAGCUGUCCAAGCUCAGAACCUGUCUGAGCCUGAUAUACUUUAUCAGGAGAAAAUGAGUGGCGCCGAACCACCAGCUCGACAAGCCGAUCGUUUGGCUUUCGGAAAUGCCGAAGUUCUCCUCGAGAUAGGCAAAAAAUGUGGACUGAACAUUCCCAUAGGAAGCAAGGUGCUCUUACGUCCCUUCAAACCAUUGGUUUACUAUGAGGAGUACUUCAGAGAGCUCUUGCGAACCCAAGAAAGCCUGCAUGACACGCUCACGUUAAGGUUCGAAGAAAACCUUGCGAGCGUGCCGGAGCAUAAGCCAGACAAUACAGGAGAAAAUCCCAGCGGGCAAGUGGUAACAAUGACAGAUGAGAUAAGGGAUGGGACUCCGAACCUUGAGAAAGAGACAGAACGAGAUGAGGUACUUUGGAAACUGAAAAGAGACGUCGUCGCUGCUCGGAAGCUUCGCAAUGGCCUGCGCUGUCUAAUCUACUUCAUGGAUGUAUACAUGCAGGAUAUACUUGAGAUGCAUGGUAAAAUCCAAAGAGGUGAAGUUAAAGAGAUAGCGUUUGACUAUCUUUGGAUGCUCUUCAAGCGUGGCGAAGAGAUUGUCACCACCAAAUCCCAGAUCCAGGCCUAUCACGUUCUUCAAGUCACAGGUGGGCGAUCGAUUGUACCGGCACUAUCCGAUGACACAGAAAAGAAACGAGCUCGAAUCAGUCAGACUCGAACGUCGGCCCUAGUCAUUGAUUGUUUCUAUCUCGAUUUUGAUGGCAAGAAGUUUGGACCCGUGAUGAAGACUUUCACAAUCGAGCCAUUUGAAGGAUCCAUGCCGUUGUCAGCGCUUGAGUGCAUCCCACUUCCAAAAGAUGGAAUUAAACGAGAGUCGCUCAUUGACAGAGGCAAGAAAUUUGUCAAAGCUACAAAGACCGCACACAUGAACUAUCGAGGAUUGACAGUCAAGCAGAAUGUUACAAGCAAAGUGGAAGAGGUUGAUGGCGGUAUCAUGAUCGAUUUCGAGCUUGCUUAUCGAAACAGCGAUGAGCUUGAAACCCCUAUAUUCAUUAACGAGAAUGAUAUCAACAGACUUCCAGAUGAUUCUCUAAGUUACCAAGAGUUGACUGAGCCAUGCUCGCUCGGCGGCACAUGCUGUUCUGUGAAUUACAAUAUAGAUGAUUCUGUAUUAUCCACAGAGCCGGACACCGAUGUUACAAAUGACAUAGCAGCUUUGACUCCAACUGUCUCAAUUUGCAUAUCCAAAGGCGAAAUCGACGUUGAAAGGCUGGUUCUACUUCCAUACCGAGUGUUGGGCUAUGCUUUACUAGCUCGGAAGUGGUUCGCGUUUGAUCUGGAUCUUGUGGAGCCAAUCAAAAAGCUCAGACCCAAUGAACCCGACGGAUUCGCAGACCUCGUUCUCCCGGACGGCCACAAAGAUGUUGUUAGGGCCUUAGUCUACAUGCACACAAAAGGUGUCCAGCAACAGGGUGGAUCUGCAACUCAAGAACGAGUACCGGGGAGGGAGAUAGAUCUUGUUCGAGGAAAAGGCAAAGGACUUAUUAUCCUGCUUCACGGAGCCCCUGGCGUAGGAAAAACCUCGACAGCCGAGUGCGUGGCCAUUAACACCCAGAGACCCCUGUUCCCAAUUACUUGUGGUGACAUUGGAGGUGUGACGGCAGGAGAAGUUGAAAAGAAACUGGAAAGCUUCUUCGACUUAGCUCGAAAAUGGAACUGCGUAUUGCUUCUUGACGAAGCAGACGUAUUUCUGUGCGAGCGGACUAAGGGAGACAUACAACAGAAUGCAUUGGUAUCAGUAUUUCUUCGUGUUCUUGAGUAUUACUCUGGUAUUUUAAUACUCACGACAAAUCGUGUUGCGGAGUUCGAUGAGGCCAUUAAGUCACGAAUUCACUUAAGCUUGUACUACCCACCUCUGGCACAAGAAGAAACUCGAGAGGUUUGGAAAAUGAACAUUCGCAGGCUGGAAAGAGAAAAUACCAGACCGCCACCAAACCGACCCAUUGACUUCGACAAGAAGAAGAUUAUGGCGUAUUCUAAGUCCCAUUGGAAUGACAACCAUAGGUGGAACGGGCGGCAGAUCAAAAAUGCUUUCCAGACUGCCAUUGCACUUGCCGAGUGGGAGCAUCUCAAGUACGAAAGCGUAGAAGAAGCAAAUAGUCCUCCGCUUCUACUAGAUGAGCAUUUCAGACAAGUCGCACUUGCCAGCGCCCAUUUCGAGCGUUACCUGCUCCAGACUCGUAGAAAUAAGACCGACAAAAUGCUGAUGAAACAAAGCGAAGUUAGGGACGAUGACUAUGAUCCACGCAAGAAUAUCAUACAGGACAACGGCAGCGGAGUGAAAUUUAAACUAGCGGUCUCCAACAACCCAAUGCAGCGGAGUGAUCAGAUUGGUUCUGAUGAUGAGUCUAAUGAGUCUAAUGAGGAAAAAUUGGCGCAGCGCGUCAAAGCAAGACAAAUGGUGCAGGCAAAACUGACUAGAGAGAGUGCUAAGAGAGCUGACUCUGAAAGAAAACAGCGAGAGGAGAGAGCACUUAAGAAAGAUGUCAUAAAACGUGAACGAACAAUGAAACAAGAGGAAGACGCUAGAUUGCAUGACGCUACUGAAGCUAUCCGCACUACAGGGUUCUCAGACUCCGAAUCCGAUUAA